AUGGGGAUCAUUUCGGGGUCGAUUUGGGGAUCAUUUCAGGGUUGGGCAUCAUUUCGGGGUCGGGAUCAUUUCGGGGGCUGUACAGAUAUCGCGAUGCCUGCCAACCUUGGCUACAUCUGCGUCCUUCUUUACAAUCAGAAUAAUUGCACUGGGGAGGGACCAACCGUCACGACUUCAUUUGAGCUGGAGAUUGGGACCGACCUUUGCGUAAUGAUGGCAUACGAUAAAGACAAAAGCAUGGGACAUUUGGUUACUGGAGGAUCCAUUGCAAAUAUUAAAGAAAUUUGGGCAGCACGAAAUGUCAAAUUCUUUCCUCUGGCACUGCAGAGAGCCUUGAAGAAGGAGAAGAAGCUAUGUGCUUAUUUCGAAUUUCUCAGCAGUAGUAGAAGACAUAAGUAA